UUCGCACAUUUCCGGUUGGUAGCAUUCAUCCGAGUAUUCGAACUUAGUUGAAAAAAAGUGAAGGAUUUGUGAACUUUUCUAUUAGAGUGCAUCGUUCAAAAUCAAUAAUCAUGGAUAAAAUCUGUCGCAGUCAAUUGCCGGAUUCAUCAUCAUCUCCUCCGCUAAGUGGGCUAAAUUUCCACAGCUUCGAUGAGGAUCUAAUCUCGGAUUUACCGUCGUGUGUUUAUGCUAAUCAUCAACUUGGAGCAGCCACGGCGACAAAUCCCAACUCGGGGAAUCUUAGACUGAAUACCAACAGUCUCCGACAGAUCCAGCAUCAAUAUUUGCAUCACUCGGAUUGCUUAGAGUCACCAAGCUCAGCAAGUCCAUCAUUGUCCAAUGCCAUGAACCAUCCUUAUAGUGCGGCGCCAUAUAAAAUCCAACGGCAGCAAACUAACGUAAGAGAGCGUAAACGGGUUAUGAGAUCUGCCCCAAACGGCAGCAUUAACUCAGCAUUUGACGAACUUCGCGUACACGUGCCCACAUUCCCAUACGAGAAACGAUUAAGUAAAAUCGAUACACUACGGUUGGCCAUCGCAUACAUUGCAUUACUAAGGGAAGUCCUGGAGGCAGACUAUGAUCCACUAACCUACGUCGAAAAGUGUCUCCGUGGUGAGAUCAAAGCCGACAGAGCGAGCUGGAAUACUAGUGGUAAUGAUCUGACAGCUCGGCUAUCGUGGAUCAAUUGGGAAAAUCUCGGAGUUCAUCCAGGGCGGCGCACCAUAUUGACGUCCCUUGCGCUUGGAUCAUCCGAGAGUCUGGGAUGUGGACCUCCACCACAUCUCAUCUAAACUGUGUGCAAUCGCUUAACCUAUGAAACCAUCAAACUAGUCCGACUGUAACACUCGAAUCGAUAGUUAUACGUCUUCCUGAAUAAUCCUAGUUAUUGUGGUAGUCUAGUUAUUUAUAUGAUUCAUUUGUGAUAUUAGGUUGGUAUCAGUUGUAUAAGAACUUUCUGUAAUGCUAUACAAUAGUUUAAGUAACUUGAUCUCGAUUAGAAGACUAGGAAACCCUUCUAAAAGUCUGUUCUAUUGAAUAUAUGAUUUGUAUGGUACGUUCCGUGACUAUACUGAAUAAUGAUACGAAUAUUGAAAUAAAGACAUCAGAGGAAUAAA